AUGCGUUCCCUGAAAGACAACUGGGCCAGCCCACACAAACUGCCGUCGUGGCUAGGCAUAUACAAGACUAAAACUUGGUUCGAUCAAUUCUUUCCGACCGAAUGCCAGUUCGAUAAGUUCUCAAUGACUUGGCAAAGUUCCUUUGAGUUGACCUUCAGGUGCAAAGAGAUGCAUGGCGUCAAGUCCACGGAGGACGGCUAUGGCAUCAAGUUCAAGGGGGAUGGCCAUGGCUUCAAUAUGCGUUUUAUCCUCGAGAUGGUUGAGGAUACCGACGGUAAGUGGGUACUAUAUUACCGGUCCUUCUAG